CGGUUUUGUUCGAGUUAGCAAUUUAUUCGCCAGUAAAACCUUAUCUGGAGUUGUUUUUCUUCGAGACGCGGGUGAAAAACCCUAAUGACAUGAAUCAAUUUUAAAAUAAUAAGGUACUUUUUAUUGUUUCUAAGGAGUAUCUUCUUGAAUAACAACAGCCAUACGCUUCCAAGAAACUGUUUUUUUUAAGUGCGGAAAAAAACCCAAGUGCUCUUUAAAAAUUAUAUACCUGCAGAAGUUUGGUGGGAAUUUGGUUCAAAUGUAUUACACAUGCGUUUGAUCGUGAAAAACCACGUGUGCGAAAAUGAAUUACAUUUUUUAUAAUUAAUAUCUAGAGAAAGUAAAUUUUUGGAGCUUCCACGGAAGAAUCUCAUAUACUGGAUCUCAAGAUGCAGAGAUGAAUAUUGAGAAAUGUUCCAGGCUGGACCGUAAUCAAGAUUCCAUUGAGUGAAAAUAUUCGAAAAACUAUGGACGAGUUUAGUGGGAUUAGUGACGAAAAACUACAUAUUAGUGACGUUAUUGAAGUGAUUCAAAACGAUGAAAUUGGCGGACAAUUAGAUGACGAUAUGCAUGUUGAAAUGGAGGACGAUAAUCAAGGAAGUGCAUUUUCACCAAUUGUGGGACAUCAUUUACAAAACGAGAGUCCUCGUCCUUAUAUUGAAAUUUUAGAGCAACCAGCCAGUGGAAUUCGAUUUCGUUAUGAAAUCGAGGGACGUUCUGCAGGAAGUAUUCCUGGUGAAAAUAGUCGACCAGAUUUGAAAACAUAUCCCACUAUUCGAGUAGUGGGAUACACGGGAAAGAUGAUGAUUGUCGUUUCCUGUGUAACUGUCGAGGACAAUCCGAAUAAUAGGCCGAAAGCUCAUCCCCAUAAAUUGGUUGGCAGAGCAGAGAGUUGUAAAAAUGGUGUUUGUCGAGUACGAUUGAGAGGCGAUAAUAUGACAGUUUCGUUUCCCAAUCUUGGCAUUCAGUGCGUGAGACGAAAGGACGUUGAGGCAUCAUUGAGCGAACGACAAAGAGAGAGAGUCGAUCCUUUUGGCGCUGGAUUCGAGCACAAAAGAAGUCACUCCAAUAUUGCUCUCAACGUUGUCAGAUUGUGUUUUCAAGGCUUUAUUCCAAGGAAAGCAACUGGAAAAAUUGAAUGGGAUACACUCAAUCCUGUCAUUUCGAAUCCAAUUGUAGAGAAAAAGGCUACGUGUACACUUUCUAUUCACAAACUAAGUCAUUAUUCAGCAUCAGUCGCGGGUGGAAUGGAAAUGAUUUUACUUUGUGACAAAGUGCCGAGGGAUGAUAUUCAAAUUCGUUUCUAUGAAGAGCGAGACGGUCGCGAUUGGGAAGGAUAUGGAGAUUUUCAGCCAGCGCACGUCCAUCAUCAAUACGCAAUAUCGUUUCGAACACCAAAGUACGACAACAUGGACAUCACGGAACCAGUGAAAGUGAAAAUUCAAUUGAAAUUGAAGAAAAAAGAUCAGGGUGGUCCACCGUUGGAUUUCGAAAUGCUUCCAUUAGGUACAGCUAAUUUGGAGGCAAUCUACAAAGUAAAGAGGAAAAGUCCCAGAGAUUUUAUGGCACUAAAUAAUGAUAAACGACCAAAGUUGCUUGAUCCGGGCUUGCAGGAUUUUAUAAAACUGGAACCAGCACAUUCGCCUUUUCAAACAAUCAGAGAAUCUGUGUCUCCAAUUCCUGGUCCUUCUGGAAUUCCAUCUGCUACACAUUCUCCAAUUAAUUUCCCUAUGUACAAUUUAAAAACAUCUCCAGUGAAUUCACCGCCAAUGCAACAAGUUUACAACAUUCCAUUGACUAAUUAUAAUUUUCCUCAAACAACGACGACGGACAAUGAUCCAGGAUUGUACAUUCCAGAUUUUCAGACUCCUAUUCAACAAGUAAAUAUUAGUCCUCUUGAAAAUUCGACAGGAGUUCCUUUUUUAAUGCCGAAUCAAUUAAAUUCGUUAAAUAGAGACGGACCACGAUUGCUGGAUUUAGACAGUCAGCAAUAUGAAGAUUCAGCAAUGCAUUUAGGAACGUCGGAACUUUUAAAUCAAUUGGUGGAUGAGAGAUUUUCCACCGAAUUCGGCACUGGACUUCAAAUAAAUGUGACUGAACCUCAACCUGAACAGCUCCAUCCUACUGGAGAAGAAUCAGAAAGUUUGUCGCGAUUGGUUCGCGAUAUUCAGUCUCUAAACGAAAUGGUGAAACCAAAUCGUUUGGAAUAAUUUUUGAUAUUAACGCAGCAGUGAGAAGACUAUAGAUUAAUUAAUGAGUGCAAUCGAAACGUUCAUUACGAAGAGUUUUGAUCAAUAUUGUUAUAUUGCACGUUAAAAUUUCUUUAAGUUUAAUUAAUUUUUAAUUAAUUUAGUUAGUUUAAUUUUUCGUUUCGUGUUUCUUUAUAAAUAUAAUUAUUUUUUAAAAUGUUUUUGUGAUAAGAAGAAACGAUAAAUAUUUUUACUUGAUUUGAAAUUUUGUCACUUUCGAUAUUAGAAGUUUUUACUGAAACAUACUCAAAAAAAUUUUGUUAAACAAAAAUCACUUCAUUAAACUUAAAAAAUUAGUUAUGAUUUUAUCGUUUGUUAUUUUGUCAAUAUUGUAAAUAGACUUGAGAUUAUAAUACAGAAAUUUUACAAUUGUAUCGAAAAAGGGAAGUUUAAUUGUAAAAAUGCUAAAUUUCUGAGAUUGAACGUUUCGAGUACAAUUUUAUAAUUUUUCAAUUCUCAUUUAUCGUAAGUAAAUAACGAACAAAUUUCUAUUAUAGUAAACUUGAUUUAUGGUGAUUUCAAUAGUCAUUUAAUUGUUAAUUUUCAAUUUCGUGAACUGAAUUCAAACUGUUUUAUUAGUCGCGAUUUUCUACUCAUCACGAAUUUAUUUCAAUUUAUUAUUAUCGUUUUAUCAUUUUAUACAUCUUAUUCAGAAAGUAUUUUUUU